CCGGAGAUCGGAAGGCUGUAUUUACUCUGUAGUGUAUGGUUCAGAAUUUUCCAACUAUAAAUAGUCAGGAUCAAACCUCCGAAAAGCAUUCCAGUUGUGAUACCUCAAAGUGUAACAGCAGUUUUUUCUUCUCAAGAAAACAAAAACAAACCUCCUACAUCAAAAUGUACAAGUUCUUGGCUCUUCCCCUGUUCUUCGCCGCCGUCUCGGCCGGAUACAUCGGAUCUCCCUACGCCUACGGUGGAGCUUAUGCUCAUGGAGCCUACGCCCAUGGUGCCUAUGGUGGAGCUUAUGCUCAUGCCCCACUGGCCGCUGCCUACCACGCCCCCCUUGCCUACCAUGCCCCAAUUGCCCCAGUCGUGAAGACCGUUGCCCACGCCCCGCUGGCCUAUGCUCAUGCUCCAGUCGUUAAGGCCGUCGCCCCAGUUGCCACCUCGUACGCCAACACCUACAAGGUCUCCGUGAAGGCUCCAGUCGCCUACGCCGCCCCAGUUGCCUACGCUGCCCACGCCCCAAUUGUGGCCCAUGCCCCAGCUGUCGUUGCCGCCCCAGCCUAUGCCGCCAGCUACCAUGCUGCCCCAGCUUACCACGCCCCUCUGGCCUACGGUCACGGAUACGGACACGGAUACCUGCACUAAGUCCAACCCAUCCUAGUUCCAUCCCCCUUAAACCCUACGUUCCAUACUCAGCAUCACAAAACAAAACAACCCAACCCUCAGAACUAGCAAUGGCGGCGGCCUUCCAGAACGAGCACCCACUCACACAGACACAAACUCAAUCUCAAUCUCGAAUGGGGGAUCCACCGCCCCCAAACUAAGAAUAGCCACGUGUCUGUGUGUUCUGUGCCCAGGGCAUGCCCAACAGCAUCCAUCCAUCUCCAGAAGAGAACAAAAUGAGUCUAAUUGUGUACAUAUGAUGUAUAGUUUUUGUAUUUAUUUGUGUUAAAAAAAACUCAAAAAAAAAAGUUACAAAACAGCCAUGGAUGAUUUAUCGUUUUUUCCGAGUCAGAAGAAAAAGAAUAAAUUCAUUCUAUGCAAAUGAA